AUGGUUGGUCAUUUAGUAAUGACUGCAGUGAUGGAUUUUUUCACCUCUGGAAAACUCUUAAGGGAGAUUAACAAUACCAUCUUGGUGAGGGUUCCUAAAGUGCUCAAUGCCACUUCUGUGGAGGAUUAUAGGCCUAUCGCCUGCUGCAACACUAUUUACAAGUGUAUUACAAAGGUGCUAGCUAAUCAGGAGCUAUUCUCUAACUUCAACCUUGAGCCUUAUCUCCCUAAAUGUGCGAAAAAUGUGGACUUCAAGAAAGCCUAUAAUACUGUGGAUUGGGACUUCCUCGAAAGUGUGUUGCUGGCCUUUGGCUUCCCUCAAUCUGUGACUCGACUUAUUAUGACUUGUGUACGUACACCUAAAUUUUCAAUUGCUUUGAAUGGAGAGCUCCACGGGUUCUUUGCGAGCGGUCAAGGUCUCCGCUAA